GUUUGCCCUGUCAGAUAACGGCAGUUCCGGUCACAGGACGAACGCCAGCAGUAGCCUUCCUCGUAGCUGUACAUAGCGACUGGGUCGGGCAGGGUAAAAGGAAUCAUGGGGAACAAAAUUACAAGAAAGAAAGGGAAGUCAAAGGUCAAAUCGAACCCUACUUCGGAAUGUUCCUCGGCUCAUGAUCUGGAGGCAGCUCGCAGAAGCCUGGAACCCAACAUUGGCGAUGGUAUCGAACAGAUUAAAGACUGUACAGCACUAUUCGACUUUGAAGGCUAUCAUGAAUGCGACUUGGCCUUCAAGAAGGGGGAUCACUUCUACCACGUCCGCUCUUUGCGGGAUCGAGAUGAUUGGCUGUUGGCGACACAUUCGAAUAGGCGAGAUCGAGGCUUCGUACCACGUGACUACGUCUCUGAGGAUUCCGUGCCAAGCUACUACAGGACAAUGGGAAAGCUAGAACGAGAACGACUCUUGCUGAGUGAGGGUGUAUCGGACGGAACAUACAUCAUCAAACAGGCUUCAAGUGGGUACGUCCUGGACGUCCGCCACACAGAUGCAGUAAGGGAGGAGACUGGAGUGAAGAGGUAUAAGAUCCGAGAGGGCAGAGACAAGUCCCUGUUCAUUUCUCCGCAGAAAACGUUUACGUCCGUCACCCAGCUCCUGGAUUAUUACACAGAAACUGACGGAUCCAUGUGUUGCCGUCUACAAGAAUGUCUUUCACCGCCUAAACAAACAGUUGGGGCCAGGGACCUGGACACUAAACCUGCGUCCCUCGUCGUCAUGGACGACAUCGGCAGAGGCACUUAUGGACAAGUGUUCCAAGGGACCAUGAAGGGGGCGUUGUCCGUGGCUAUAAAGCUGGUCGAUAUGGAGAUGUUUACCUCAGUAGCACCAGACAUCCUCAUGUUGGAAAUUAAGAGAGUGUCAUUGCUCCUUUCAAAUAAAAGUUCCAGAUUUGUACAAAUUCUGGGGGUCAACAUGAUCACCACCAACAUGUUCCAGCUAGUCUCGGAGUUAAUGGUUGAGGGCAACCUCAGAGAUUUCCUACGUAAUGACCAAGGGCAGACAAUCCACUUCCAACAAUGCGUGAACAUAGCCAGCCAGAUAUGUGAGGGCAUGGCUUUCCUCCAAGAGCACAAGGAAAACCUAAACUGUGGACUGAGAUGUACCAGCGUUCUUGUCGGCGAAAAUCUAGGGAUUAAAAUUAAUUCUUUUUCACUUGUUAAAGCACCUUUCACGAGAGACAACCAAGCUCUCCGCUGGACCGCCCCUGAAUGCUUGAAGGAGGGCUGCGAGUUCACCCCCAAGUCUGACGUUUGGUCGUUUGGGGUUGUCAUGUAUGAGGUCAUCACGUUUGGAGGUCUGCCGUUUAUAGAAAUACCCCCAAAGGACCUGAUGUCAUAUAUAGCAAGUGGGCAAAUCAUGCCACAACCUGUAAGCGGGAUCCCUUACGAUGAGGACUUCUGGUAUGGCGUCAUGCAAAAAUGUUGGGAUCUGGUCCCAGAGAAGCGGCCGUCAUUCGUGGCACUGAAUAACAUGAUGGACAACUAUCGCUGUAGGCUGAGUCGAGUGCCUUACUAUAACUGAUUAAAGUGGAUAAGGGAUUUGAAAGAUGACAGCAACAUCUAAACAAUGGCAAUGUUCUAGGGAUGUUUCUUGUGACGACAAAAGAAAGGAACGUAGAUAAGAACAAUGGAACCCCGUUAAUGCGAACCGUACCGAUCCUCGGGAAAUCGUCCGUAUUAACAUAUGUCCUGAUGACCGAAACGUUGUUACGAAGUAAUGUACUCUGUGUAUACAUGUACAUGUAUGAUAACAUCCAUGGAGUAAACGUCCAGAUAGACAAGUUCCGGACUAUCGGGUCCGGAUUAAUGAGUUUAAGAGUAAAUAAAAAAGAUUGCAAGUGAU